GGGGAAGAUGGCGCAGCGCCGACUGUGAGUGAGGAGACGGAGCCGCGUUCCAGCUGGCUUUUGCGUCGAGGUGCGAAACAAACAAACAAACAAACAAGCAACAAGCAAGCGCUACUCUAUCCGCGCGCACGUGCGUGAAGACUGAGGAGGGGGCGCGCGCCACCGCUGCUAAUUCAAAUUUCAAAUCUCGUAACGGUUUUUUUCCGUCCCUCAGCCCGACAGAGGUGCAGAGUGAGCGAGAGAGACGCUGAUGUGCGACCCAGUUAGAGAGAUACGAGCGCCGUCUCUCUCUCUCUCUCUCUCUCUCUCUCUCUCUAUCUCUCUCCCUCUCUCUCUCUCUCUCUCUCCCUCUCUAUCUCCCCGCUGUGUUAGCUGGGUGGACGGUGCGGGAGAGAAAAGACAAGACCUCUCUCCCCCGGUUCCUGGACAACAACUCUGCGAGCCUUCCUGCUGACGAAGAGGAAAACCUCCGAGAAGAGAGAGGGAGAGGGGGAGAGAGAGAGCGAGAGAGAGAGAAAACACUUCAGCUGAGAAGAUGUGUCAUUCAGAGGACGAAGUAUGGUCGCCAAAGCCUUUUUAAUCAGCUAGCUUGACGUUGUUUUGAUUUACUCCUAGCUUAGCUAGCCUCUCCUUUUUCCCCCCCAUCAAACGUUUUUUUUGAGCCUAUCACAACUUUCAUGUAGCUAAAACUGUACGUUUGGUGUCUUGGGGAAUUUAAACCGGGAUCAUGUGGACACCGACGGAGGACGAAAAGCUUGGAGUCGUGAUAUGCAGCUUCCGGGGCUCAGUGUCUCAUGGCUUGACUCUAGAGAUCGGAGAGACUGUUCAGAUCCUGGAAAAGUGUGAGGGAUGGUUCAGAGGGUUCUCCACCAAAAAACCAACUGUCAAGGGAAUCUUCCCAGCCACUUAUGUUUACCUGAGGAAGGCCAUGGUCACCAACAGAGGGCAAUAUGAGACAGCGGUGCCCCUUGAAGACCCUGUCAUAACUGAGGUCACCUCCACCCUGCAGGAAUGGGCUGUGCUGUGGAAACAGCUGUAUGUGAAGCAUAAAGUGGACCUCUUCUAUAAGCUGCGCCACGUGAUGAAUGAGCUGAUCGACUUGAGGCGGCAGAUGCUUUCUGGUCACCUAACCCAAGAUCAAGUCCGUGAAGUCAAACGCCACAUUACUGUACGCCUUGACUGGGGCAAUGAACACUUAGGCCUGGAUCUUGUACCAAGGAAAGACUUUGAAAUGGUAGAUGCAGACCAGAUUAGUGUUUCAGACCUCUACAAAAUGCAUCUGUCCAGCAGACACAGCGUCCAGCAAAGCACAACCCAGGGGGACAGUGUGCGGCAGCGUCAUGGCGAUGCCUGUCGGAUCCCUGUACCACACCAUCUCUUUGUCAAUCUCAAGAGCUUCACCUAUAACACCAUUGGUGAAGACACAGACAUCUUCUUUUCCCUUUACGACCUUAGGGAGGGCAAGCAUAUAAGUGAGAAAUUCAUGGUGAGGCUCAACAAAAAUGGAGGCCCAAAGAACCCAGAGAAAGUUGACAGACUCUGCGCAUUGUUUACGGACCUAAGCAAUAAGGACAUGAAGAGAGACUUGUACAUUAUUGCUCAAGUGAUCAGGACUGGGAGGAUGCUGCUGAAUGACUCGAAGAAGGGUCCUCCUCAUGUACAUUACAGACGGCCCUACGGCUGUGCCGUGUUGGCCAUGAGCGACGUGCUACAAACCAUCUCUGAACUCAAGGAGGAGAAAGACUUUGUACUCAAAGUUUACACUUGUAACAACGAGAAUGAGUGGUACCAGAUUCAUGAAAACAUCAUCCGCAAGUCCAGCACCAAAUACACUGCUCCCAGCACUAACUAUGGUCUGAUCAUCUCCCUGCAGCUGCUCAGAGGAGAGAUGGAACAGGUCCGCCGGGAGAACCCCAUGAUCUUCAAUCGCUGUGUCGCCAUCACACGCAAACUGGGCUUCCCUGAUGUCAUCAUGCCAGAAACAACGAUAGAUGACUGUGACAUCCGUAAUGACUUGUACCUCACCUUGGAGAGAGGGGACUUUGAGAGAGGAGGGAAGAGUGUUCAGAAGAAUAUUGAGGUCACCGUGUAUGUGCUCUACGCUGACGGAGAAAUUCUCAAAGACUGCAUUAGCCUGGGGUCAGGGGAGCCUAAUAUCUGCGAGCAUCGUUUUUUUGUCCUCUACCACAAUAACAGCCCUCGCUGGAGUGAAGUGAUUAAGCUGCCCAUUCCUAUCGACAGAUUCCGAGGCUCUCACCUGCGCUUUGAAUUCAGACACUGUUCUACAAAAGACAAAGGAGAAAAAAAGCUUUUUGGCUUUGCCUUUACCCCGCUCAUGAGGGAAGAUGGCACAACACUAUCUGAUGAGAGUCACGAACUCUAUGUGUACAAGUGUGAUGAAAACACCACCUUCAGUAACCAUGCAUUGUACUUGGGACUGCCUUGCUGUAAAGACGACUACAAUGGCUGCCCCAACAUUCCUUCUAGCCUCAUCUUUCAGCGUAGUACCAAGGAAACUCUGUGGAUCUCCACUCAGCUUUCCUCUACCAAGCUUACUCAGAAUGUGGAUUUGCUUGCGCUGCUAAAAUGGAAGGCUCAUCCUGAUCGUGUUAUGGACAUUCUGGGUCGAUUACGCCAUGUUAGUGGAGAGGAAAUAGUUAAAUUUCUUCAGGACAUUCUAGACACACUUUUCUCCAUCCUAGACGACAACACAGACAAGUAUGGCCCACUGGUGUUUCAGUCGCUGGUAUUUAUCAUCAACCUGCUCCGAGACAGCAAGUACUACCAUUUCCGCCCAGUGAUGGACACUUACAUUCAGAAACACUUUGCUGGAGCACUCGCCUACAAAGAACUGAUUCGUUGUCUGAAAUGGUACAUGGACCGUUCAGCAGAGGUUGUCCGACAAGACCACAUUCAGGAAGCAAUGAGGGCACUGGAAUACCUGUUCAAGUUCAUUGUGCAGUCAAGGAUCCUGUACUCUCGGGCCACCUGUGGCAUGGAAGAGGACCAGUUUCGGACAAGUAUCCAGGAGCUUUUCCAGUCCAUCCGUUUUGUACUGAGCUUGGACAGCCGCAGCUCAGAGACUCUCAUCUUCACUCAGGGCCCACAACCUAAUCUUGGACAAGCCUCCACCAGCCAGGCCAGCUGUGUGCAGCCGUUGAGCUGUAAUGCUCCACGGCCUUCCCCUCUGUCAGCAGCCCUGCUCAAUUCCUUCCCAGCCAUCUUUGAUGAGCUCCUGCAGAUGUUCACAGUGCAGGAGGUGGCUGAGUUUGUGAGAGGAACCUUGGGGAGCAUGCCCAGUACUGUCCACAUAGGCCAGUCAAUGGAUGUGGUGAAGCUGCAGUCCAUUGCUCGGACUGUAGAUAGCAGGUUGUUCUCUUUUCCAGAGUCGAGGAGGAUUCUUCUGCCUGUGGUUCUACACCAUAUCCAUCUUCACCUGCGGCAACAGAAAGAGCUGCUCAUCUGCUCAGGCAUCCUGAGCAGUAUCUUCUCCAUCAUCAAAACCAGCUCACUGGAGACCUCAGUACAGGAGGAGGUGGAAAUGGUGGUGGAGAGUUUACUGGACGUUCUGCUGCAAACACUGCUGACCAUCAUGAGCAAGUCCCAGUCUCAGGAGGCGGUAAGAGGCCAGCGCUGCCCACAGUGCACGGCCGAGAUCACUGGGGAGUAUGUGUCCUGCCUCCUGUCCCUCCUGCGACAAAUGACAGAUAUACACUUUCAGCAUCUGCUGGACAACUUUCAGAGCAAAGAGGAGUUAAAGGAGUUCCUGCUGAAGAUUUUCUGUGUGUUUCGCAACCUGAUGAAGCUCAGCAUUUUCCCCAGAGACUGGAACGUGAUGCGGCUCCUGACCAGCAACAUCAUUGUGACCACAGCCCAGUAUCUUUCUCCUGCGCUGCACAAGAACUUCACUGACGCUGACUUUGACUUUAAGGUAUGGAAUUCGUACUUCAGUCUGGCAGUGCUAUACAUAAAUCAGCCCAGCCUACAGCUUGAGACCUUAACGCCAGCCAAGAGAAAGAAGAUUCUUGACAAAUAUGGUGAUAUGAGAGUCAUGAUGGCUUAUGAGCUGUUUAGCAUGUGGCAAAACCUUGGUGAAAAUAAGAUUCACUUUAUCCCGGGCAUGAUCGGACCAUUCCUGGGGGUAACACUAGUGCCCCAGAGUGAGGUCAGGAACAUCAUGAUCCCCAUUUUUCAUGACAUGAUGGACUGGGAACAACGCAAGAAUGGCAACUUCAAGCAGGUGGAGGCAGAGCUUAUAGAUAAACUGGAUAGUCUAGUCUCUGAGGGCAAAGGAGAUGAGAACUACAGAGAGCUCUUUGGUUUGCUUACUCAGCUAUUUGGGCCCUAUCCCAGUCUUUUGGAGAAGAUUGAACAGGAGACAUGGAGAGAGACAGGCAUCUCUUUUGUCACCUCUGUUACUCGUCUGAUGGAGAGGUUGCUAGACUACAGAGACUGUAUGAAGGGAGAUGAGACGGAGAACAAGAAGAUUGGGUGCACAGUGAACUUGCUAAACUUCUAUAAGUCUGAGAUCAAUAAGGAGGAAAUGUACAUCCGCUACAUUCACAAGUUGUGUGACAUGCACCUGCAGGCAGAGAACUACACAGAGGCUGCCUUCACUCUUCUCCUCUACUGGGAGCUGCUACAGUGGGAGGAGAGACCCCUCCGGGAGUUUCUCCACUACCCAGCCCAGAGCGAAUGGCACCGCAAAGAGGGCCUUUGCCGGAAGGUCAUCCACUACUUCAACAAGGGCAAGUGCUGGGAAUUUGGUAUUCCUUUAUGUCGAGAGUUGGCCUUCCAAUAUGAAUCCUUAUAUGACUAUCAAAGCCUCAGCUGGAUACGGAAAAUGGAGGCAGCCUACUAUGACAACAUUAUGGAGCAGCAGAGACUAGAGCCUGAGUUCUUCAGGGUGGGCUUUUACGGUCGGAAAUUUCCCUUUUUCCUCAGGAAUAAGGAGUUUGUUUGCCGGGGGCAUGACUAUGAGAGGCUUGAAGCCUUUCAGCAGAGAAUGCUGGGAGAAUUCCCACAAGCCAUUGCCAUGCAGCAUCCCAAUCAACCAGAUGAGGCAAUUUUGCAGUGUGAUGCUCAGUACUUGCAGAUCUACGCAGUAACUCCAGUGCCGGAGAAUGUGGACGUGCUUCAGAUGGACCGCGUUCCCGACCGCAUCAAAAGCUUUUACCGGGUCAACAAUGUGCGUCGCUUCCGUUACGACCGGCCCUUUCACAAGGGACCCAAAGACAAGGAAAAUGAGUUUAAGAGCCUUUGGAUUGAGAGGACCACCCUCACCCUUACUCACCCCCUGCCAGGCAUCUCACGAUGGUUUGAGGUGGAGAAGAGAGAGCUGAUUGAAGUUAGCCCUCUGGAGAAUGCCAUCUCAGUGGUGGAGAAUAAGAACCAGGAGCUGCGGACUCUAAUCAGUCAGUACCAGCAUAAGCAGCUGCAUGGCAACAUCAACCUGCUCAGUAUGUGCCUCAACGGGGUCAUUGAUGCAGCUGUCAACGGGGGCAUUGCAAGAUACCAGGAGGCGUUCUUUGAUAAGGAGUACAUUGGCACCCAUCCAGAGGACACUGAAAAGAUCACUCAGCUGAAGGACCUCAUGCAGGACCAGGUUCACAUCCUGGGUGUAGGACUGGCUGUGCAUGAGAAACUGGUGCACCCUGAAAUGCGGCCUCUGCAUAAGAAGCUGAUAGAUCAGUUCCAGAUGAUGAGGAGCAGUCUGUGCCAUUGUUUCUAUGUGGCCCUGCAGGGCCUGCCUGGCCUUGAUAAGCUGAGUUCGGCCAGCAACCCGCGAGGCAUCCUGACCUCCCACAGUCCCAUGAGUCCAGAGAGCAUCAAACUUAUGCACAGACAUAGCUCGCUGAAUCUGUUGGGCUCCAUCCGCCACUCCUCUACUUCCCUCUCCUCUCACACCUCCAGUGAGACCGGAAACCUCCUCAUCCUCACUGACGGAAUGCUGCUGGAGCACCCAGAGGACCUCUACCGCAUGCAGCCCAGUCCCUCGACGUCGAGCCUGAGCUCCACACAUUCAGCUCCAUCUCAAAUGAUCAACUCAGGCCCCAACAGCAUCCGAGUUGGCUCCCCAUCACUGCCUGACAAAUACAGGCACAACCGCGAGAUGCUGAUGCUGCUGCCACCCCAUCGAGAUCGACCCAGCAGUGCCAUGUACCCAAAUGUGACUGAAAAUGGACAGCCAACAAACAUCCAGAGGGCCUUAUUCCAUCAGGUCAUUGGUCCAUGCAAGCCAUGCAGUGACCCCAAUCUUUCUGUGGCUGAGAAAGUGCUGACUGCUCCUAGCAGUUGGAGUUUGGACAGUGGCACCAGAGACGCCUUUCCUUUCCUCUCCGCCCAUGUAGGAAGUGUGAUGGCUCCCCCAGUGCCCCCUCGCAGUCUUCCAUCUGGACACUUCUCGAUGCACUUUGAUGCUUUCCACCACCAGAUCAGCGACCUCCCUCCAGCUCUCCCUGCGCGCUCCUUACGAAAGUCACCCCUUCACCCUAUACCUGCCUCGCCCACCAGUCCGCAAUCGGGCCUGGAUGGCAGUAAUUCCACCCUGUCCGGCAGUGCCAGCAGCGGCGUCUCCUCCCUGAGCGAGAGCAACUUUGUCCAGUCCUCCUCCGAGCCUCCGGCACGGGCUGACACAUUGGACUCAGUGCCCAGCAGCCAGGCCUGGACCACGGACACAGAAGAGGCCGAGACGCCCUACCUUCCCGUCCGCUACAGCGUCUCCGAGCCUGAGGUCCUGGACAAUCUGAAGCCCGCCCCCUGCCGCAGCCACUCUGCUCCGGUGGGCGUUACACCAGUGAUUCCUCCAGACAGCCACCACCACCCCCACGCCAUCCACAUCACACACCCCCAUUACCACCACCACGAGCCACCACCUGCACUUCCUCCAAAACCAUACUUAAGAGAAGGCUGCAUACCUGAGGAGGACUUGAGGUCUGUUCCAAGGCCCAUGCCUCGCAAGAUUUCCCAGCCACUGCUCACCAACAAGGAAGAACAAGCCAAAGUGGCCUGGGAGCAUGGCAUCAGUGAGGAGUGAGGAGUUCAUCAGGAUGAAGACCGGGGCUGAUUUACUGGGUUUUGAAGCUGGUUUGAAGAAUGGUAGAGCCCAAAUCAAACAGUUGGUUUUCGGGAAUGUUCUCCUCUCAAUUCAUAUUACCUCCAACAAGGAUUUGCUUUUUUCAUGAGUACUCACCAUGUUUCUAAGCUUCUAAACACUGGUAUGAACUUACAUUUUGUAUUUAUGGUUGUUUACUGGGGACUGUGAGUCCAAAGUUGUUCCAGCGCUCUUAUUCCCCUUCUUGAUCAAGAUGAAAGGUAGUGAUAGGAUGAAGGUUUUUGCUAAAUGUUCUCAUAGGUUAGCAACAGGAAAUACUAAAUGACGAUUCCUAUCCUGUGGGAAAAAGUUUGAUUAAAUGCACUUCUGAGUGUGUAGUGUUAGUCCCUUCACUUUUUAUUACACUGAUCAGACAAGAGUACUGAAUAUUCUUUUAAAAUAUAAUGUAAGUGGAAGGUUCAUUCAGAGAUUUUGAGUUAAAAGUAGGCCGAUAGGUUAUUUGUGCAAAAACUACUGAAAUUAGACUAUGACAUUACCUCUUGGAGCAUCACUUUUCAAUUCUGGAAGAGCUGCACUUUAACACUUGUUUCCGGACCAUCAGAAAGUGACAUUUAUUUAAAAUAAUAGCAUGUUGGACUUGCUUAUUGGUUUGGAUGAGACCUUUGGAUGGUUUUAUAGUCAUCGACAUAUUACUAUAAUUACAGACUGAUUAACUGUCUGUCAUAAGAGUCUCAAUUUCUCUGUGUCACUUAAAAAAAUGCUCAUUUAUCUUGCCAUAACAUUUAUAGGGCUUUCUGUCUGAGAGCCUCCAAUAUUGAUGUCAGAACUGCUGUUAAUAUUUCUGCUAGAGUAGAUUUUCUAUUACUAUUAUGACUCACUAGUUUGAGAGCUGAAUUAGGAAACUCUACACAUAGCACUUCUCCUGAGCAGUAGCACACUGACUUGGCAGUAAGAGGCUUAUGUACUUUGCAAAAGCUUCAUUACACACACUUUAUUAUCGUGCUUCAAAAGCAAAUCAGCCAACCAUUCUGAGCUCUAUUAUCCAGUUAUGCGAGUAACACCACAGACAAGGAGAUGUAAUAUAAAACCCAUUUCACAGAUGUCUUCUAGCAGUGCAGCUGCUUUGGGGCCCAGCAGGUUUUUUCUUAUUUGAUUUAUUUCUCAUUAAGUUGGCAGUUUUCGUAAAAGAAGAAUAUAUUUUUAGAUAGAGCAAAUGUAAAACUCCCUAACUUUAUUUAAUAAAAUUGUACAGUAAAAAAUAAGAAAUACAAGCUUAUAUAAUAAUACAAGGAUGUUGAGUGAGGACCUUUGAAAAGUAUACAAUGUUAUAUGCAAGUGAAGGGAUUUUUGAAGACCCUUUUAGCUGCUGAAGGAUGUGCAAUUGCUUCCUGAUGGAUAUAUGAUGUUAUGUCCGAUGAUUAUUUUUAAGAACGGGGAGAUACAAUGUAUGUUAUAAUUUCAUAAGCUGAGAUUUUUGUAAAACUGUGCAUGUUUUCUUCAUUACUGUGGCGAUACAGCAGAGAAAUAAUUGACUAAAAAUUACUAGUGUGCUCCACUUUAAUGAGUUUAGAAGAGAGAUGCCUGUGGAGCUCUGCAAACUUUUUCACAGUUGACUUUAAUUUUACCUUACCUGACCCCUUCCAUUAUGGAUUAAUGCCUUGCGCUGCAACCUGCCCAGUUUCUCUAGACAUAAAUUCCCAAAGUUGUUUCACAUCUCAUACAUGUAGAAUAGCUUUUUUCUCUCAUCAGGUUAUCUUAGAGUAGCUUCCAAUAUCUUUCCAGUAAUGUAAUACAGCCAUUUGCAAAAGUAUUCAAACCUGUGAUUUUUUUUCCACCACAUGUUGAUAUAAAACAUACAUUUUACAACAGAUAAAUCCAUGCCAUUGUACAUGGACCGAUCAGAAAAGAUGUCAUCUAAACUAGUGUGGUGGUUUUGUUCUGUGGGCAGUGAUAAUAUUAGACACACGUUUGAUGUUAUAGAGAAGUCUGAAACAGCAGUAUCUUUAGUGUAGCACAAAAAGAAAAAAAUGUCCAUAUCUGUAUUUCACUAUAUAGAUCAGGAAUGUGCACGGACACAUUCAUCAAAAUCUGGCCUAAUCGAACUCUUCUAGACUUUACGUCAGGGUAACUCAGGUGCACCACCAGUCAUCCCACCAGUAAAGCAACAGUAAUCCAAUUAAGAAAGCAUGCCAUUUCAUAACGUUUUUGUUCUAAACAAGAAACAUGCACUAAUAAUGUGAUGAGGAUUUUGUUGUUGUAAAAAAAAAAACAACAGGGAUUUAUGCCAGGCUCUGUGGAGCUCUUAAAUAGAGCUACAACUCUAUGUAUUUAUAUAAUAUUUUCACAGUAGGUAACCUCACAACCUUUCAGUCUAGUGAUUGGGGUGUUUUUGGCUGCCUUAGGGAAAAAACUUCUAACAUUAUGUUUGGUUUCAUUUGAACCAUAAAAAAACUAGACGUUGUUGCAAUGUGUUGUAAAUUUAAUUUACGCUCCACCCCAACACCACCCCCAAACAAUUUCUGUGCACGGGCCCGAUGAAGACAGUACUAAGACAAUUUAGCUUGUUUUCUUUUGCAAAACUUGUGGGCAUUUGCAAGUUUAUUCAAAUUCAUAGAAAACCUGUUUUAUGUGAUUAUGUAAUUUUGCGCCACAAAUUUAAAUUUUCACUUUAUCUGCCCCUUUCAUAAUGACGAUAGACAGUUCCGUAAGUGUUCAGUUUGGGAUCUGGAGCAUGCCACUUUAUCUAGAGGAUCUAUUUUGGGUUUGAAAAAUAAAUAUUUUUAUUGACGUCUUGCAAAUAGCAGAACUAUAUGAUAGAGAAUGCACAUGAUUUAUAAAAAUGUAUUUAACCCUUGUUAUACUUGAAAGGAUGUCAAAAGCAAUUAGGCUGUCCUGUAUUAUCUGUUUUGUUUAUUUCUGUGUGUGUAAUGUGAGCAUUGUAUUCUUCGUGGUACAAACAUCUGGCAAAAAGAAGGUACAUCAAUAGAUCAGACUUUGUUAAUGACUGUAGAGCACAUGUUUAAAGGGAACAAUUAGGAAUUAGCUGCCUUCUAGUGUCAGAGACGGAAGAACUCAUGAACCAUGGUCGUCUUAGCCGAGGUGUAUUAGGAGUAGUGAUUAAUCUACCAUAUUCCUUAUCAGUCAUAUCCAAAAAGCAUUAACCUUUUCACUCUGUUCAUAUAGUAAUACACUUUUCUUAAUUAACUAAGAACAGGAGUGAUGGCUGAUGAUUUGAUGGUGUGAUGGCUCAAGUCUUUUUGAGCCAAGAGAAUAUAAGAUUGUCAUUGUGAUGAUUUGGGUUGAGGAAAUAAUGAAGGAUAUUAAGAUGAUUUGUGUCGAGUUUGAGUAUUCUUACGUUAGUACUGUGAAUAUUAGGGGUUGUUAAAGUUAUUUAAGUUGUGCAAAGAAACAGUAUUAAGGCAAGAUAUCUGGGUUGGCCAAAAUUGUGAAUACCACACUUCUAACUACAGCUAAAAUUAUUCAUAUUUAUUGUUUUAACAUUUUUUUAUAACUUUUUUUAUUUUGCUAAUAUUUUUUCCUGUAAAUAUUCAAAUUUCAUGUUAACUGUAAGUGUGCAUGUGUGUGUGUCGUGUAGGUUUUUACUUUGAUUUUCUUCAUUUGUUUCAUUUCAUAAUGUCCAGGCAAAAAUAUAUAUUCAGAAUUCAUCGGCCACAACAUGAUAGCUGAAAUAGUUGUACAUAUUUUAUCCAUCUGAUGUCUUGACAGAGUAAAACUCAUUUUGGAUCAUAACAUUUUGGGUUGAAGGUGGCCUUUGCUUUGAUAUGAGGAGGUUUGUGGGGGUUUCAGGUCGAUAGCUUUUCCCUUUCUUCACUCUAAUUGGGUUUCAGAUGGUCCAGAAUAGUAGUUUGUUCAUAUCUGUCUCCCUGAAAUGAGCAGCAUAUAGUUGGUUACAUGUUGUAUGGAUAACUAAUACGAGUAUAGAGUCUCUUGACCUGUAUUUUUGAAAGAUUGCUGUUAGAGAAAAGUGGUUGUUUUUAAUUAUGUGAAAAUGACAAUAUCUUGACAAUAGGAAUUUCACCGCUCCAGUAAAGGGAAACCCAAGAGAAAGACUUUUUCUUUGUACAUAGGAAAAACUGUAGAAAGAUGGGUACUAAAACACUUUUGGAAGCAUUAUAAUUCGUACGUCACCACGUCUGUCUUUAUGUACAUAAUCCUUCAGAAGCUGUGUAUUUAUACGGUUAAGAAGGGCAAAUCAUGUAUAGAUUGGGAUUAAUUGUCUGCCUUGUACUUUCUGAUGUAAAUGUGUUUUUAAAACUAAAACAGCAAAUGGAAACAAGUGACUCUUUCAAUGGCCUAAUCACUACAGUUAUUUUGUGUAUUUUGCAUUGAAAUCUGAAGAACAAGUUCUGUUUUACCAUUAAGAGAUUAGGAAACCUUUGUACGAGUAUUCUCAAAGUAAUUUCUUUGUAUAUAUUGUGCUGGCAUGGACAAAAUGUGAUGUGAACUUUAGAUGUAAAUACACUUUUUUUUCCUAUAACUGCUGUGAUGUGGAAUUCAUUAAUAAUGCCUAACAUUAAAGAUAAUGUUUUAUCGA